UUCAUGUGAGUGCCAAAUGCCAAGGAUCCUAAAAAAAAAAAUUUACUACAUUAUUAAAAAAUAUGAUUGUAUUAAUUGUCUUUAAAACUAUUAAUUAUAGAAUACUGCUUUAAAACUAUAUAGAUUGACCAUGAUGUCUGUAAUCAGGUAGGUAAUAUAAUCAUAUUUAUAAAAUAAUUUCAGCACUAUUAAAAUUAUUAUUUAAUAAUUAAUUUUGGAUUAGGCACAUCAAUAUUAUUUCAUUGUAUAUUGUAAUAUAACUUUGAAGUAAUAAUAUUAACGAUUCCAAUAUUUCUGCCUAAUAAAUAGUUUAAUUAUUAUAUUUUGGUAUCUCGUUCUGGAAUAUUCAAAACAAUAAAAUCAGGUAUUAUACCAACGGCAAAUAUUUAUCAGCAAAUUAAAGGAACCUGCUGCAAUAUAUAUAAUUAUGCGUUUAGCCUUUAGCGUCAUAUUGUUGUUCCAUAGCAACUAACACAUAGUAGGCCGCAUACCUACUCUAUAAGAAUCAAUAGUCAAACAAACAUCCAUACUACCGUAUUGUACAACGGUCGUUGUUUUCAUUGUAGUCAUAGGAUAUUUUGUGAAGUUAUUCUACACUUAGGCAUGUACAUCCUUACAUAAUUUUACAUAGUACCUAUAUAAUUACUUGCAUCUAUAAACGAUUCGUGUAUAGACCAUGGAAGAGUUUGCAGACACCAAAGAAGACGAAAACAAGAAAAUUGUUCACACCUAUCCAUUAGUGCAAGCGUGCGAUAUGUCAGAAGAAAUGAAAGCUGAAACGGUUGAAGUUAUAAUUACAGCAUGCGAAAAAUUUGGAACAGAUUAUUUCGCGGCGGCCAAGACGGUCAAACAAAUGCUCGAUAAAAAAUACGGUCCUCAGUGGAACGCGGUGGUCGGAGAAGCGUUCGGCAUACAAAUAACGCACCAGACCAAUACGUUGAUGUAUAUGUUUUUCGGCGGCAAUCUCGGCAUUUGUGCCUGGAAAAUCUAACCGCAUCAACGAGACAAAUAGUUGUUUCAAAAAACAAUAGAAUAUUAAUUAAUUAUUAUACAACAAUAAUAUCGUGUAAUAUAUUAUAGUACCUCUUACAUAUCAAUUAUAUUGGUUCUGUUACAAUAUCAAAUGGUUUUGGAAAAAUGUAUCGAUCGGCAAUCGCAGGUGAUGCUAAAGUGUAAAAUUUAUUUAAAUCUUGUACUUGAGUGGGCCUAUAAUAUAGGUACCUACUGUACUUUGUUUUAUUAAAAUUAAUUCAUAAUUCUUAAAAUGUUUAUUUUUUAUUUUAUUCAGGAAGGCUAUAUCUAUCCUACACAUGACCACAUAGUCAAUAGCAUAGUAGUGCCUACUUCUUACACUAAAUACAGAUAAACACGGACAAUAGCCAAAAGGUCUAUUAGCAGCAUG